AUGGAGUUGCGACGGCGAGGUUAUAACGUAGGCGAGGAUAUUGGCGAGCCACCGACAGCUUUGGCACCACCACCUCCGCUUGCCGACUACAAUGAAUACGGAACGGGUGAAAGUAUGGUAGUCAGCCAUGUCUUUCAAACAAUGCGAGUCGCUCGACUGUCGUCGACGCUCAGAGCCAGGGACGCUGCCACUGCCGAGGCCAUCCAUGACCCCACCUAUGUGAAUCUAAGCUUCCUGCGAGCUCAGCAGAUGGAGCAGUCAACGAGGUUGUGA